AUGGACUGGACUCUUGCCUCUAAAACCGAGCGAGUGGGGCCAGUGGAGGUGGAGGACAUCAAGAAGGACCUGCUGAAGGACUUCUCCUCUUUGUCCACACAGCCGUCUCAGACCGAAAACCUCAAAGUGUUUUUGAGGAUUCGACCUUUCACCGCAACAGAGAGUGACAGCGGAGAGAGCCAGGAGUGUGUUCUGGUGGAGCCUCCUCACUCUGUGCUCCUCACUGCUCCUCGUUCUCUUCGUUCUCUGUCUCAGACGUCACAGAGGUUCAGCUUCACCCAGGUCUUCGGUCCAGACACCUCUCAGCAGCAGAUCUUUGAUGGUUCAGUUCGCUCUCUGCUUCAUGACGUUCUGGACGGAGGCAACGCUCUGGUCUUCACCUAUGGAGUCACCAACGCGGGGAAGACCUUCACCUUCCUCGGUCCGGACCAUGACUCGGGCCUCCUCCCUCGGUCCCUCGCUGUCCUCUUUAACAGCAUUGAGAGCAGGAUGUAUUCUCGCUGUGAUCUGAAACCACACCGCUGCAGAGACUUCACCAGACUGACCCCAGAUCAGCAGGCACAUGAGAGUGCCACCAAGAGGACACUGAUGAAGCUGUUCAAAGAGACUGACAGAAGCCUGACCUCCGGGAAGUCCUUGCUCCUCAACAGCUCCUCCUCCUCAGUCUCCUCCCUGGGCUCCUCUCUGAAUGACUCCUCGCUUCUGGACUUUUCUCCCUCAGUGAAGUUCUCUGUGUGGGUCUCCUUCUGUGAGAUCUAUAACGACAACAUCCACGACCUGCUGGACCAGGCUCCGCCCUCACACCAGAAGAGGCCUGUGCUUCGUCUGUCUCAGGAUGUGAAGGGAAACUCCUUCAUCAAAGAUCUGCGUUGGGUCCAGGUCCUCAGCUCUGAUGAGGCCUACAGAGUCCUGAAAAUUGGGAAGAAGAACCAGAGCAUCUCCUCCACACGACUCAACCUGCUGAGCAGCAGGAGCCACAGCAUUUUCAGUAUUCGACUUAUGAAGAUAGAUGACAUGGGACUUCCUCGAGUUCUGAGCAUCAGCGAGUUGGCCCUGUGUGACCUGGCAGGGUCUGAACGCUGCUCUCGGACUCAGAACACUGGAGAACGACUGAAAGAAGCGGGAAACAUCAACAGCUCUCUUCUGACGCUCGGGAAGUGCAUCAGUGCCAUGAGGACCAACCAGGCUAACAAGGGUCAGCAGCUCGUCCCCUUCAGAGAGUCCAAACUCACUCACUACCUGCAGUUCUUCUUCUGUGGCCCCGGGUCAAAGGUCACCAUGGUCGUCAACAUCAAUCAAAACUCGACCAGCUUCGACGAGACGCUGAAUGUGCUCAAGUUCUCUGCCCUGGCUCAGAAGGUGGUGGUGCUCAGUGCCCCGGCUCCUCGGGACAGCGCCCCCCACAGGUCGGCCAUGGAACUGUCUCUGAUCAUCGACGAAGCUGAAGCUCGACGCUUCAGAGGGAGGAAGAGUAGUCUAGGCUGGGAGCAGAGUCUGACAGACCUGAAUGAGGAGGAGGAGGAGGAGGGGGAGGAGGAGGAGGAGGAUGAUGAUGAGGAGGAGGAGGAGCAGAUGGAGGAGACGGUUCUAGAGGCAGCUGCAGACGACACAGUAGAGGACGGACAGGCGCGGAGGCUCGUCCUGGAGGCUCAGAUCAGAGAAGAAGUCUGUGCAGAGUUUAUGGAACUGUUCAACAAAAUGGAGAAGGAUUACAGUGAUCGUCUGGAGGAGCAGAGACAGAUUCUGGAGGAAAGAUCAGAAAAACGUGUGGAGAUCCUGAAGAACCUGAUGCACAAAACCAUUGACUUGAACCAGGAGGUGGAGGGAGAUGUGGUGGAGGACAUCAUCAGUGCUCAAGACAUGGAGAAGAUCAGAGACGAGAGAAGAAGACGACAAACAGAGAUGUACAGUCUGCGUGAACAGCAGCAGACGACUCAGCAGCACCUGGAGGAACUCCAGCAGACUCUGGAGCAGCGCCUACUGCAGAUAACCAAGCUCUCAGAACUGAACCAACAGAAAGACCUUGUAAUCGAGAAACUCACCUCCACUUUGAACCAGACCAUUGAGGACGCAACCAGAGAGCGUUCUGUGGUGGAAUCUGUUCGAACCAAACUGAAGGAGGCAAGGGACCAAGGAGAGGAGGCAAGGGACCAGGGAGAGGAGGCAAGGGACCAGGGAGAGGAGGCAAGGGACCAUGGAGAGGAGGGAAGGGUCCAAGGAGAGGAGGCAAGGAAACGACCAAGGAACUCCAGUGACAAAGAAACGGCACCAGCCAAAAGGAGAGCGGUGCUGGAGGAGGAGAUCUGGAGACUUCAUGAGGAGAAUGAUGAGAAGGAACAAACCAUCUGUGAACUGAACCAGACCAUCGGUAGACUAGAGGAGCAGCUACAGAAGAAGGAGGAGGAGCUACAGAAGAGGAAGGAGGAUCUACAGAAGAAGCAGGAGGAGCUACAGAGUGUUCAGAGACAGAGCUCAGAGGCGUGUCCUCUCUGUGAGUCUGUGCUUCUGUCUCUGGAGUCGCAGCAGAUGGAAACCUCUCGUUUGAACAAAGAAAAUAAAGCUCUGGUAAACGGCAUGUUCCAACUACACAACCAGCUCACAGAUUUGAAGUUGCAGUUGCGCUCUCAGACUGACAGGUCCGACAGCCUAUCAGAGGAACUGACCUGUGCUAAGUCCCGCCUUCAGAGCCAAUCAGAGGAGAGUGACCGUACUGUCCAAUCACUGAGAGAGGAGAUGACCAACCAGAGACGAGAUCAAAGAGAGGCAGUCUUGCAUGAAGUGGAUCGUCUGAAGCAGGAAACUAUAAUCCUCACAGAAAGACUGCAACAGAGUGAGCGAGUUUGUGAAGAGCUGAGGAGGGACUCGGCCAAUCAGAAAGCUGCGUUUGAAGCUAUGAAUGAAGAGCAUGAAAAACUGCAACACCGGAACAGAGAUCUGCAGGUGACGCUCUGUCACCGAGACCAGACUGUGGCUGAAGCUCACACUCACCUGGAGACGCUGAGAACAGAAUUGGAGCGGUUGAGAGAACAGCUCAAAGAUCCAGAAGAGGAGACCAGUCCUCAUCAGCUGGAGGAGCAGGAAAACAUCUCACAGCAGGUGGAGGCGCAGGAGAUCAGUCCCCAUCAGUUGGAGGAGCAGGAGAACAUCUCACAGCAGGUGGAGGCGCAGGAGAUCAGUCCUCAUCAGCUGGAGGAGCAGGAGAACAUCCCUCAGCAGGAGGUGCAAAGGACAGUCACAGUGGUUGAGGAACUUAAAGAAGAGCUCUUCAAAUUGCAGCAAAGAAGAAAUGUCAGAAAACAAAACAUGAGGGAGAAGGAGGAGCAGAGGUUUAGGGAGUUGCAGAACCAUCUCCAGAACUCGUCUCCACAGACCUCACAACAGAGGAGCACUCCGAGGACCACAGGGAGGAAGAGGAAGAGCAGUGAGGUCCAGGGUUUAAUCUUCAGUGAGAACAAGAGGAACAGAGACCGAGGCCUUUGCAAACAGGGUGACUCUGUGAAGGAGCGGCCACGGAUCAAACUAGGACAAAUACUGCAGAAGUCUCCAACUGUGAUCAGCUCAGCAGCUCAGAACCUGGUGGAGCUUGUGCUUGAAGGAAAGAGCUCUAAACUCAAACGCGGACGAAGAAAACUCUACAAGACUGAAUCCAUCCCUCUAAUGACCUCCCCCACGGACGCAGCAGGAGGCGCAGAGGAGAAGGAGAGCCACCACUUUACCAUCAAACGACAGCUGCGCUCCAGCAGGAAGUGA